AUGGUGACGGGAGUGGCAGCGAGUGCCACCAGGCCACACCCCGACCCAUCACACUCGGUGGCGCCGCUGCCGCCACUUGGAGAAGCUAGGCACGUAGAGGCUGCACCGGCGGGGUCGCAGCAUAGCGGCGGUUGCUACAAGUGCCCGUUCUGCAGCAAGUUAUUUGAGAAACGGUGGUUCCUCCAGCGGCACGUACGCAUCCACACGGGUGACAAGCCUUUCCGGUGCCAGCUCUGCCCAGCGACCUUCAACCAAAAGGGCAAUCUAGUGGUGCACACCCGUCGCCACACAGGGGACCAUCACUGGGCCAGCUCUGUGGUGCCUGUGGACAAAGGCAACGGCUCGGUUCAGUACCAGUGUUCGCUGUGUCCUUACAUGACCACCCGGAGAGGCAACAUUCGUCUGCACCAAGUGACACAUUCUGACCAGCACCCAUUCCUCUGCCCACUGUGCUUCAGGGCCUUCAAGCGCAAUCACCACCUCAAACGCCACCUGUUGAAAAAGCACCCUCGGCUCUGA